AUGCGUGUUCAUUUUAGGCCACAUUCCCAGCCACAGCUUACGGGGCGCGAUAUUACUUUCUCAUCAUUUUAUGAGGCUCCCGGGCAGACGCUGUACUGGAAAAUGCCUACUCAGUUUCUUGGUAAUAAAGUGACCAGCUACGGUGGAACUCUCAAAUACGUCGUCAAGUAUUCGGGUACGGGACCGCUCAAUACCGAUGCUGAUGUCAUUUUGCGAGGAAACGAUAUCGUUCUGCAGUACAGGAGUAGUCAACCAACUUUUGCUGACCGUGAAAAUGUGGUGGAAGUGAAACUCUUCGAGGACCAGUGGCAACGAGUGGACGGGCAAGCGGCAACUCGAGAACAUCUGAUCAUGGCCCUAGCUGACCUCGAUGCGCUGCUCAUCAAAAUGAGUUAUUUGGACGAAUGCUCAUCAUCAUCCUUAAUUAGCGUUUCCCUUGAUUAUGCCGAGCCGCAUCCGACCGGUGGCCAGAUCGCUUAUGAGGUUGAGCAAUGCCAGUGCCCACCUGGGUAUGUCGGUACUUCUUGUGAAGACUGCGCUCCUGGUUAUUCUCGUACUGGAGGCGGCUUGUAUUUGGGUCUUUGUGAACGUUGUGAAUGUCAUGGGCAUGCUUCUCAGUGCGAUAAGGAGCACGGAUUCUGCAUCGAUUGUCAACACAACACGGAAGGUGAUCAGUGCGAACGAUGUAAGCCGGGAUUCACAGGUGAUGCCCGUCGCGGUACUCCACAUGACUGCCAGCCAGCGGCUACUCGACCCGCUUGCUUAUGUAAUAAUCACUCUCCUCGUGGAUGUGAUUCGUUUGGCAGAUGCUUGCUUUGCGAGCAUAACACUGAAGGAUAUCACUGUGAGCAGUGUAAGCGUGGAUAUUACGGCGAGGCUACACGUGGUACCCCCUACGACUGCACUCCUUGUCCGUGCCCAGGCGCAUCGGACUGCUUCUUGGAUGCUUAUGGACAAGUGCAGUGUAGAAACUGUCCUGCGGGCUUGACUGGACGCCUGUGCGAUGAGUGUGCGCCUGGUUAUACACGUUCACGUACGCGAACACGAGUGGAGGAAGGGCGUAGUUGCGAACCGAUCGGACAUGUCGAACAGACAAAUAUUGUAUUUGUACCGACUCCAGAAGGUGACCGCUCACGCAGGCGGCGUCUUCGCUCGCAGCGUAGUCGCUUGCAGCGAAAUCGUCGUUACCAUAAUCAGCAUCAGCGUCACUGA